CGCUCUCAGUGCGACGACACAUCUCAUUUCUACAUCAUCUGCCCUGCGAUCUACUUGUGCGUUCGCUCUGCAAAGCCAUGUUAAAGCAGCCCCCCGACCUAAGCAUGCCUCGUGCGAAGAACCAGCACCCUAAUAACGCCUACGCAGGAAUGCGCAACGCCCAGUGCACCUUUAGCCUGCUGAGACGCCCAUUAACCUUCCUCUCUAGACUGGGUAGCAACAACCGCCAUCCAUCGCCCGGUCACAACAACCCUUUGUCGCCAGCGCGUGCAUCUGGCCUCGCAGCGGGUACCGAUAGAAGUAGCAGCCGGCCCGCAGGUCCCUUUGUGGAUGUCACCUGGCUGCGGCGCAAUCUUGAGGGGGUCCGCGUGCUGGAUGCGCGGGGCCGCAUCAACCGCCUUCACAGCAGCGCCGCUUGCGAUCAGCACCAGCAGCACCAGCACCAGCACCAGCACCAGCACAACAACAACAGCAACCAGCAGCAGCACCAGCAACAAGGGGGCACUGCUGAGGGCAGUGACGCCAGUGAUGCCGACGGAGGGGGCGGAGGCGGAGGCGGGGAUCCCACUGCGGCUGCUCCCAGCUGCUCCCACUGGCGGCUGCGGCCCCCACCUGACGCCUGCUUCGCCGACUAUGAUGCGUAUCUGGAGGGACACAUACCGGGUGCGGUAUUCAUGAACUGGGUGAGGGAUGGCGCCCGCUGGCGGCCAGCAGUACGGCAGGAGGGGGAGCAGCAGCAGGUGCAGGGGGAGGUGCAGGUGCAGGUGCAGGUGCAGGGGGAGGAGGAGGGUGGUGAGGUGUGGCAGCAGCAGGUGUUGGAGUUGGAGGACGAUCCGGGCGUGUACGUGGCCUGCUUGGAGGCAAUGGGGGUGUCCGCUGAGGAGCCGGUGGUGGUGUAUGACGUCGGCGAUGAUUUUGGCGGUGACACCAAAAGCGGCACCAACCGCAGCACUCCAGUACCUGCGACACCGGUAUCCGCAGCAGUAAUCAACCUGACAGCUGCACGUGUGUGGUGGCAGCUGCUGUCGUACGGACACCCCUCGCCGUUCAUUCUGUUGGGCGGUUGGGCCGCAUGGCGGACUGCCUACCCGUCGGCAUCUGAGUUGUACGAACCCUGCCCUCUCAAGCUUUCGACGCAGUUUGAGGCCGAGCCCCAGACGCGCUAUCGAGCUACUGUGCAAGAGUUUCAAAGCGUGGUAGAAGCGGCGGUUGCAGCAGCGGCGGUUGCAGCAGCUGCAGCAUACAGGAAUGUGGACGGGAGGAGCAGCAGCAGGGGUGCUGGUGGUGGUGGUGGUGAUGCGGCUGGUUGCGGCAGUGGUGGUGAGGACGACACAACUUUGCAGAAACCAGCUGGGGUGGUGACACCGGUAAUGGCGGUGCUGUUGCUUCCAGAGGAGGAGCAAGCGCAGGAGGCCCCAUCACCAGCAUCCCGACGAGGCAGCUACGUCAUCCCGGCCACCACAGCCCCCCCUGAGAUCAGCUUGACGACACCGGACGUGACACCGCUGGUGGUAACGCAGGCUGGACAGCAGCCGGUGGUGACCACCAGCGGCCGCCCAGAUCCCUACCGCUACCCCUACCGCUACCUGUGCACCGGGCUGUCACCCCUCCUGCGCUCCCUCCUUCUGGAGGGCAGCAGCAGCAGCAGCAGCAGCAGCGGCGGCAGCGACGGCUGCAAGGGUGGUGAUGGCAGGAAAGCCAAUCCCGGCGGGAGCAGCAGCAGCAGCAGCAAGGGUGGCCUGGGUGGAAUGUUGGCGG